UUUGGUACCAGGAAUCCAACUCAGGACCUUGUGCUUGCCAGGCAAGCGCUGGUGCAGUUGAGCUAUAUCCUUGGCCCCCAGGUUCCAUAAAUUCAAAUCAAGGCUGCUGAGAAGUAUGGACUGUUCAGAUCUGCUUCAAAAUAAUUACGCUGUCUGCCUCAAGGGCGCUGAAGAUAUCGGGAAAUCCAAGAAACAUUGCAAGAUUCAAUCCUGCAAAUCAUUUCUUCACACUGAAAAUUACUUCUGCCAAGUAUGCUGGAGGCUCGGUGCCGAAUGGUAAACUGGAAAGGCUAGCCAUUUAGAGGAAGGACGCCAGAACUAUCUUUUGGUUUGUCUGCCGACCAGCUUCUGACUUUGAUCCCCACGGGCCAGGCUGUGUGCACGAUCUGGAAGCAGCAGAAGUGUUUGGGCGCCAGAAGCAGCCUUCAGCGCCAGGCACGUUCAUUACGGAUGCCAGGGCGAUCCCAAGAGGCAGGUGUUUCAUGCUGGCUUUGGACGCGGAGCUCAUAUUCUCUCGGGUCGCUUCCUCUGCCGCGGCUCCCGAACAGCCUGCCUGGGCUCUUUUCAGCGGCCGACCCCAAGCCCAGAGACAACCGCUGCAUCCACAGCGCAGCACGGAGACAUCAGCCACCUACCUUGCCAGUCUUCCGCCACCAUCUCCGCUGGCCACACUUCCGCGAUGUGCGCAAUGACCGCUCCCAGCGUGCCCCGCGUCGCCCGUGUUCUCUCACACCGCAAUCCGCGUGAGCCGCGCGUGCACGGCAGAGGUCGCGCGUGCGCAGCAGAGACCCCCGCGCUUGCGCGUAAGAGGCCCCGCGCAAGCCGGGCUUGCGCGACAGGAGUCGCGGCCCAUGGUGAAGCAGCUUCCGCGGGCUGGCGAUUGAACGAACGUUCCUUGUGUGGUGCAGCUUAGAGUGGAUGCUGCCAACUUGGCUGCCGCUGACACCCCAGCUGUACUUCUUGGUACCCAGGAAGGUGGGAUUUGUCUACAGCCAGCAUAUCAAUUACCCGAGGGAGCAAAGAUGUAAGUCAUGGAAUAGAAAAUGGACUUAGACAAGAUCAAAAGCAAAAAUCAGUGAAAUUGAAAACGAAAAAUAAUGGAGCAAAUCCAUGAAACAAAAAUUUGGUUCCUCAAAAAUGAAAAAGUUUUUGGCUUCCACUCUUGACUCAUGUGGUUGAUGCAGGCUGCCAAGAUGAAAGCUAUCCAGACUAUAGAGGAUCUUCUGGCUUUAAGCCAGCAGGAAGAACUUGUGGAUUUACCAAACAACUACCCCUUGAGUGCUAGUGAAGAUGAGGGGGACAGUGAUGAAGAGAGAAAGCAUCAAAAGCUUCUGCAAGCAAUCAGUUCUCUUGAUAAAAAGAAUAGAUGGAAAUUGGCUGAGAGAUCUGAAGCUAGCUUGACAGUAUCAGAAUUCAAUGUGAGUUCUGAAGGAUCAGGAGAAAGGCUGGGACUUUCAGAUCUUCUUGAGCCUGUUAAAGCUUCAUCUUCAUUCGCUGUUAUGAAAAAGCAACUGAAUAAAGUUAAAUCCAAGAAGACUGUGGAAUUACCCCUUAACAAAGAAGAAGUUAAACAGAUCCACAGAGAAAUAGCAUUCAAUAAAACAUCACAAACCCUCUCCAAAUGGGAUCCUAUUGUUCUCAAGAACCGGCAAGCAGAGCAGCUGGUAUUUCCCCUGGAGAAGGGGCAGUCAGGCUUUAUUCCCACUGAACUUGUCUUCAGUGGUUGGAAAGCAAGGACUCCCUUGGAGCAAGAAGUUUUUAACCUCCUCCAUAAAAACAAGCAGCCGGUGACAGACUGUUUAUUGGCUCCCAUGGAAAAGGCCUCUCUCAAAGCUAUGAGCCUGGAAGAGGCUAAGAUGCACCGAGCAGAGCUUCAAAGGGCCCGGGCUUUGCAGUCUUACUAUGAAGCCAGGGCAAAAAGAGAGAAGAAGAUCAAAAGUAAGCAGUUUCAUAGACAUGUAAAGAAAGAAAAGGCCAAGAAAACCCUAAAAGACUUUGAUCAGCUGUGGAAGGUGAAUCCUACUGCUGCAAUGGAUGAGCUGGAAAAAAUUGAAAAGGCCAGAAUGAUAGAGCGAAUGAGCCUUAAGCACCAGAACAGUGGGAGAUGGGCGAAGUCAAAGACAAUUAUGGCCAAAUACGACUUGGAGGCUCGCCAAGCUGUGCAAGAACAAUUGGCUAAGAACAAAGAACUAACACAGAAACUCCAGGUAAUCUCAGAGAGUGAGGAAGAGAAGAGGGGUGUGGGAGAGGAAGAACCCCUUAUCCCUGAUGUAGUGAAUGAAGUACAGAUGUGUGCAGAUGGACCAAAUCCUUGGAUGCUUAGGAACUGUAACAGUAAUGGAAAAGAGGGUGAAAUCCAGGCAGACCCUGACCAACUACCUGAGCCUGUUGUCCAGAAGUUUUCUAAAAGCAAGGAAGAUAAAAAACCAUCAGCAGAGGAAGAAAUUUUGUUGCAAGAAUUUGGGGAAAGACGAUGCCUGCGAAAAAAUUUUUGCCUCAACCAGGAUACUGAUCCAGUGGGCAGCCAAGAAACAAAAGAUUCUAGCAGCCAGGACAUAUUAGCCAAAUUGAGGACUUUGAAUCAGAAACUCAAGGAAAACCAUCACUCCAGCAAGCAAACAGUGAAUCGAGCAGGGACUGUUCUCCAGGUCCAGAAAGAGGAAUGUGUCCUAGAAGAAGAGGAGUCUCUGUUGUGUCAGAGGGCAGAGAGAGUACAAAUUCUGGUAGAACUAGAUGAGGGCAAAGAAGAGCAUUUUCAAAAUGAGGAGCUUCCCAGACCUUUGUUAAAAUGGGAGCAAAUGAAGAGAAACCCAAAUAACCAGACUGAUGUCCCUAAGGAAAAGAAAAAGGAGCAAGUGAUUGAUCUCCAGAACCUUCUAACAAAAUCUCCUUUCAUGAAAUCUUUGGCUAUUCCCACAGCAGUAGAGGAAUUGGAAGAUGAAGAGGAGAGAAACCUAAAGCAGAUGAUAAAGGAAGCUUUUGCUGGAGAUGAUGUCAUCAGAGAUUUCUUGAAAGAGAAGAGAGAAGCUGUGGAGACAAAUAAGCCAAAGGAUGUUGACCUGAUGCUGCCUGGCUGGGGCAAAUGGGGUGGUGUAGGCCUGAGGCCCAGUGCCAAGAAAAGACGCCGGUUUCUCAUUAAAGCCCCUGAAGGGCCUCCAAGAAAAGACAAGAAUUUGCCAAAUGUAAUUAUCAGUGAGAAGCGCAACAUCCACGCAACAGCUCAUCAAGUACAGGUGCUUCCAUAUCCAUUCACUCACCAUCAACAAUUUGAAAGGACCAUCCAGACCCCUGUAGGGUCUUUGUGGAACACCCAGAGGGCCUUCCAAAAGCUCACCACCCCCAAGGUAGUCACCAAGCCAGGUCAUAUCAUUAAGCCCAUAAAAGCAGAGGAUGUGGGCUGCCACCCUUCCUCAAAGUUGGGCCUCUCUGUCAUGCAGAGCACUACAGCACAACCCACCAGAAAUAAAAAACAGCUAAAGAAAAACUCUGGAGAUUGAGUUGCCAGAGGACUGACAUCUUGGUGCCCAUGGUUGGUAUCCCUGACUGCUCAUACUUUGAUUGCUUGCUGUUGCAGGAUCAAUUCCAAAACCAGCUUUACACAUUUUGGGUGUGAUGAAGGCACAUUUUAGAAAUAAAAUCUUUUUAAAAGUCUUAAAAAA